ACGAAGCGAUUGUGGUCAAUGUCGCAGAUUCAAACCGAGUGCGAGGCUGACAAUACAACUUUUAACAGAGUUAACAUAUAUUUUUAUUUGCUGUCUUUUUCUUUUUUUUCCUUAUCCUUAAUGGAUCCUGAAAGUAUAAGUCCGCAAACAAGUAGGAUUAGCAGGGCAAAGAGGGUUUCUCUUGGGGUUGGUGGAGCUUUGGUGGAACUACCAGCGACUGAACGAGGUGGAUGGUCCAACCCCAUCGAGUUUGUUCUAUCCUGCAUCGGGUAUGCCGUUGGCAUCGGCAAUGUUUGGCGUUUCCCUUACCUCGUAUAUCGCAAUGGCGGUGGUGCCUUCCUCAUACCGUUCGUUCUAAUGUUGAUCACAAUGGGUUUACCAAUAUUCUUUCUGGAACUUGCCAUAGGACAAUACUCCGGUCUCGGUCCUAACGAGGCAUUUGCGCGUAUGGCGCCAGCUUUUCAAGGCCUCGGUUACUGCACUUUAGUCGUUAUUGGAUUUGUUAUAGUCUACUACAUGGUUAUCGUAGCUUGGUCCCUCUUCUACAUCUUUGCAUCGUUCUCUCCAAAUCUUGCUUGGGCUCAUUGUGAUAACUACUUUAAUACCGACAACUGUUACAGUGGCAUUCAAAAUCUCGAGUGUCAAAAUCAGAAUAACAUGACGAUAUUUUACAACAGAACUUGCAUGGCUAUUAACGAAGUUUGUCAAAAGUUCGACUAUAAAUUUGGAAAUAUCACUCAUUGUAUAAAAGAUGAUAACGUCAUUGCUCAUCGUCAUCUUUACAAAAGAGUACUAUCGUCUGAAGAAUAUUUCAGCGACUACGUUCUUGGUAUACGAGGAGCCAAGUGGGAAAACUUUGGUGGAAUAAGAUGGGAAUUACUUGGGUGUCUCACGCUCGCCUGGGCAAUCUGCUAUUUCUGUUUGAUACGAGGUGUCCAAUCCAUCGGGAAAAUCGUCUACUUCACCGCACUCUUUCCUUAUUUUGUUCUAUUGGCAUUAUUGAUACGAGGUGUCACGCUGGAAGGAGCCGGUGAAGGCUCUCUCUGGUACAUCACGCCCACCUGGUCGACAUUGAAAGACGCCAACGUAUGGGGAGAUGCAGCAUCGCAAAUCUUCUAUUCACUUGGCAUCGGUUGCGGAUCUCUGGUCACUCUUUCGAGCUAUAACUCUUUCACCAACAACUGUCACAGAGACGCCAUAUUCGUCAGUAUCACGAAUCUCUUUACAUCCAUUUUUGCGGGCUUCGUGAUCUUCUCCAUAUUGGGAUUCUUAGCCAAACAGAUGCAAAUGCCAAUAGAGGAGGUCGUCCAAAGCGGCACUGGAUUGGCUUUUAUCGCUUAUCCGGAAGCAGUCGUGAGAAUGCCUCUACCAAAUCUCUGGGCGAUUUUAUUUUUUGUCAUGCUUUUUAUCCUAGGUCUUGGUAGUCAAUUCGCAGGCGUGCAAGCGAUAAAUGCGGCCAUACUGGACGUACGUCCGGAUUUACGAAAGUACGAAAGCUACGUCAUAUUGGGAAUAUGUUUCUUUUGCUGGUUCCUUGGUAUACCAAUGAUUUUUGAUGGUGGAAUUUACCUGUUCACCUUGAUGGAUUGGAACACAGCUUCUUGGGCUAUACUAUUGAUCGGUUUCGCCGAGGUCGUUCUAGCAUCUUGGUGUUAUGGAUGUAACAAAUUCCUACGUAACAUUGGCGAAAUGCAAAUGAAGUUCGGUCGCUUUCUAUACAGCUAUUGGUGGCUCAGCUGGGUCGUCCUCGCGCCUAUCACCUGCUUGGGGGUCUUCGCGUAUCAAAUGUAUACCUACGAGUCGGCGAGAUAUGGUGAGUACGUCUUUCCUGGUUGGGCGAACACGAUUGGAAUACUGAUCGGAGUAUCUACCAUAGCACCAUUCCCGAUCUUUCUCUCCAUACAUCUUUGGAAGUUAUUGAGGGACAGCGAUUUAUUCUGGCCGACUGAAUCCUGGGGUCCAGCCAUCAAAAGGGACAAUUUGGAUACCAAUAGUAUCGUAACAGAGGUCGUCAAAUCUGGACAAAUACAUAACGGUUAAUUGCACGAAUGGAUCAACUAAUUUUAUAUUAAACGUUGUUAUCUUGUAAUUCUCAAAUAUUAGAAUUAAGAGCGCGGAACAACGGUACAACGUUCGUUAUUAAGAUGAAGAAAAUCUGCCUAGCAGAGCUCUCGGCAUAGUAAAUCUUAUUUCAUUACUUCUCGUUCUAUGUUAUAUUCCGGUAGGGAACGUUCCCGGUGGUGUAAUUAGCCCUACUAAAAUAAGCCGUUAUAUUAUAUUACAUAUGCGAUGAUAUAUUGUAUACAUAUACAUACCUAUAUAUAUCCAUAUAUAUAAUAUAUUCAUAUAUAUAUAUAUAUUUGUGUGGGUAUAUAUAUACAAUGUAUAUAAAUAUAUACGAACGGCAUCUCGUAGGAAUAGAUAUUACGCUAACUAUACUUAAUUAUACUGUUUCGUGCGUUGCGUCUUGUCAAGCUGCAUGUGUCUCAGGACCGGUGGGAGGACGACAAGUAUAAUCUGCUGCAGCAGAACUUUAACUCGAACUUCUUGAUCUGCCGAAAUGGAAGUUAUGCUUUGGCAAAGCAGAACAGGACUAUAGUUUCCUUUGUUUGUAUUUUCUUUUUUUUGUCUUUUUUUUUUGUAUAUCGUUCUUUAAACGAUUAACGUAAUCUUGAAAUAAACGAAAAGAGCUCGACGAUGUCUCAAACUCCGAAAAUAGAUAUUUACACUGUUACGAUUACGUUGUAAAUAAUUUGUAUCUUUUGUAAUAUCGUAAACAUAUAGAUAUGCAUGAUUAUGUUCAUUAAUUUUAUAAGUGUUCUCACCGAUCAUAACAAUAUCGAAUAAUAACAAAAAAGGAAAAAGAAAAAAGGGAAGAAGAAAAGAGAGAAAAAAAAAGAGUCUCGAUAAAAAAAAUUCUAUGACGCAAUAGCAGCAGCAGCAGCAGCAGCAUUUUCUCCAUCCCAUUUGUAAAGUACGAUUUCCGUUUGAAAUUAGGUUUGAAAGCUGAAACAUUAACGUUAACGAAUAAUCACGUUAAACGGUCAGAUCUCAAUAAAUGUGGUGAAAUAUUAAGCGAGUGCACUAGAGAGUGCUGACAAGAGAAACGCUAUAUUUGUCAUGCCGUAUCGACCGUUUUAACGAGAUGCAAAGGGUCGCGUGGUACUUUUAUUACAUUAUACACUCGACCAAUUCACCAUGCAAUUCCGUUCUAUAGUCAUCGUUGUCGUCGUCGUCGUCAACGUUGUAGUUGUUGUUAUUGUUGUUGUUAUUGUUACCAUUGCAUACUCGAUGAUAAACUUGUUAUCGGAUUGGUCGAUUUUCGAUUUGACGAAAUUUAAUAAUAAUCAUCAAUGAUGAAUUUGUACCUUUGUUAUAUUUUCAAAUGAAUGGAGAGACUGAAAUCAA